UUUAUUUUCCUUUAUUCAAUUCAAAUUUGAUUUUUUUUUUCUUUUUGCGAUCUUUUAUUAAUGCUUUAUUGUGUUAAUCUGAAGAUUAUUCUCUUGUAUCUCUGAAAUGAUUAUAUUUUUGUUAGCCUUUUUUAUUAUUUUUGUUUAAAUAUGUGAUAGAACAGUCUUUCGUGGUCAAAAUAAGUUUUUUGUUGCUUUAUAUUUGUUGUUGAUGGUGUUCUUUUUAAGUUUAAUUUUUCAAGAUUAAUUCAAAAAGUGUUUCUAGUUCUUGUAAAUUGAGAUGGAUAACCCGACCCGAUAAGAUGAAUAAUCUGAACCAAAACUCAAAAUUGAUCAAACCAGCAAAAAAUUGUUCCCUAUUGUGAGAAUGUAAUAGCUAUAGGGGUGUCAAAUGGGCGGGUAAGCUGAUUUUGGGCAGGUCAAAAUGUGUUGAGUCAAUAAAUGGGGGGUCAAAGACCCGUCCAAAAGUUUAUUGGGUUGAGAUGAGUUUGGUCAAGUUGGGCUAAAAUUUGGCCUAGCUUUAAUCAGUAUGUGUUAUUUUUUUUUAUGAAUUGUAUAAUUACUAAAUAAGACUUUUUUUUUCUUUUGUUAUGGUCAUAUAUAAUAUAUCAAACAAAAAAAAGUUAUUUCUAAGAUAUUUUGGUAAAGCUACUCAUUGAUCAAUUUAGACUAAAAUCAGCCCAACUUUAAAGUAAAAAUUGUGUGGGGUAGCCACUUUUUAAAGUGGUAUUUACUUUUUAUCCAACAUUUUUAAUGUUUAGCAAUAGUAGCCACUAGUCUAUUAAAAUUAAUAUGAAAAGACUGUGUUACCCUUUCUUCUACGUCUCUCCUCUAACGAAGAUAGUUUAGGUUCUCAGCUCGGUUAGAAGACCAGCAAAGAUUUUAGUACUUUCUGUUUCCACCUUGCUUUCAGUAGAAGCUGUGGAUCUAGCAGCAGAGGUGCUCGUUUCUUGGCACGUCCUCUUCAUUUCAUUGUUCUUUUCUUCUUUUUAAUUUGUAUUGGUUCUGGUUUGUGAGCUUCAGUGGUGAAAUGAGUCGAAUAUAUCAAGCCAAUUCAUAUGGCCAGACAACGAGAAACCUUGUGCUAAUGCUCGAGAACUUCAAAUACCACAUAUUGACUUAGGAGGAGUACUUUCAGAAAGAAGAGAGAAUAUGGAUAUGAUCAAAGUUGGCCCAGCGGGAGGAAAUCGUGGAACCAUUUGGGAUGAAAAGGGUCGAGACCUAGUUGGUGGGAUAUUUGUUUCCUACAGCAGAGACAGAGUUCUGUCACUUCAGUUCUUUUUCCACGAAAAUGGCAACUUAGUUCAGUCAAACAAGCACGGCAUUGAUGACUGUCGUAACUUCUAUGCAGUUGUCUUUGAUUAUCCAUCAGAGUUUCUUACUUCCAUAAGUGGUUCCUACAUAAACACGGGAUACGCUACAGUUUUGGAAUCUAUAAAAUUUAGCACCAACAAGGGUUCCUAUGGACCAUUUGGGUGUACCCUGCCUUCAACUGGUGCCAAUAACUUCAACUUUGAGAUAGGAAAUCAUCGUUUUUUUGGUGGUUUUCAUGGCCGCAACAAUAGCUCUGGCGUUGAGAGUAUUGGGAUAUAUGUGAAGCCCAUCAUACCCUCCAUGAAAAACUUGAGAAUCCAGAAGUGAAGGUUGAAAAGGGAAGAAGAUUAACUCAUGAUAUAAACUCACCUUCUGGUAAUUAAUUUCCAGCUGAAAUAAUUAGUCUUAUUUAAUUACUCUCUGCUUAUUUGGUUUUACCUUUGCGCAAUCGAUCUACUGAUUGGUGUAUGGUUAUUAUGUAAGGAUUAUCUUUUAAGUAUUUUAUUAAAAAGUUAAGAUGGUAAAGCCCCAUAAACUA